AUGUCCAAGGAACAAGAACGCCGACAGCGAAGGCUGGCGGCAGAAUGUCGGCAUCUUAACAUGUCAGAACCAACAAACAACGGCCUCACACACUUAAUCGUCAACGAUGAUCAUAAAAUCAUCUUCAACUUCAUUCCUAAGGUGUCCUGCAAGACGUGGAAGAAAAUCUGGGGUACACUUCACCAACGUAACAAUACUGGGAAGUUGUCACUAAAAUAUUACAAUAGAGAAGAGCAGAACGACCGGUUGGAAAACUAUCGCAAAGUGUUGUUUGUACGAGAACCGAUGAGUAGGUUGCUCUCAGCGUACAUGAGUAAAUUUCGCUGCGGGGUGUUGUAUGAGCACGGGGCCCUCCAACGGAUAUGGGAGAGGUCUUUCGGUAGAGACAUUGUCAAGCGUUACCGAGGUGUUGACGUCAUUGAAGAUGGGAAAUGGUUAAAUAUUACACUAACUGAAUUUAUCCAAUACAUAACUGAUCUUGGAAGUGGCAUCAGACUCACUGCGUUUAACGACCAUUGGAUGCCACAGUAUAAGGUUUCACGGCCUUGUCACAUUAAAUACGAUUUCAUCGGCCAUUUUGAAAAUCUUGAAGUUGAAGGUCCAUUCGUACUGCGAUGGUUAGGGGUUGACCACAUCGUCCAGUUCCCAGAAUAUAAAAGUCCAAACGCAACAAAACAUUUUGUGGAUUAUUACAAAUUGAUAUCUUUGGAUUUGAUGCGGAAACUGACAGACUAUUACCGUGAGGAUUAUAAGUUAUUUGGAUAUUCGCCCGAUGACGUCAUGAGUCGCGUUUUAAGGGGUGUAUUUGCUGAGGACAACGCUCCUAUCCAAUGAAUCUUGGAGCGCAACUUGCGUCUUUGACGUAUCAACCCCCCCCCCCCACACCACCACC